AUGGAUAUCAAUGUAGAAGGAGUAAUGCACGACAUUAAGCAUGUAGCCCGCAUUAUGAUCCACAAGAGAAAGGGCUGCAUUAUCUCUACAGCUAGUAUUGGAGGAAUAAUGGGAGGUGGUUCUUACUUCUACACUGCCUCCAAACAUGUGGUUGUUGGGCUUACUAAGAAAAGUGUAGCAGAGCUGGGAAGAAGUGGUAUACAAGUAAAUUGUAUUUCUCCAGCUACAAUUGCAACAAAUCUGGUAUUGAAUUCUAUGGGAAUGACCCCUUCACCAGAGGCAAAGGCCAAGGUGGAGGCCGUGAUUGAGGGUGCAUCCCCCUUAAGGGAAGCCAAUCUUAAAGAAGAGGAUAUUGUAGAGGCUACUCUGUAUCUGGCCAGUAAGGAUUCCAAAUAUGUAAGCGGUCACAAUCUGAUUGUGGAUGGGGGACUAACUGUUGUAUUAGAUGAAACUGCGGUGUUUGUAAAAUAUUGA